GAAUUUUUGAAAAUUGAUGAAUUUCCAUGCACACGAGGGGAAUGUGACCUCGUUGAAGCCUGACGUAGCGAAUAACCUCUCACUCACCUACUCCCCCUUCUUUGAUGAUGAUGAGUGAGGAGUAGAUGAGGAGGAGCCAUCCCAAUUCACCCUGCUUAUAAAAAGAAAUUAUACACUUCUGCUUUAAAACUAUUUGUAUUUAUGCAUAAUAUUUCUUAUUUGUAUUCAAUAAUGAAACAAACUAUUGGGCCAUUUAUUUUCUAGAUCGUCGCCGUGUUUUUGCUAGAAAUACACAAGCUGUAAGUGACCUCUAGUGUCGGUGUGUGAAUCAUUUUCAGUUUUUUUUUUUUUUUUCUUUGUAUUUUGCCGCUCGUUGUCUCGACCAUUAUCUGCAGCAGUGAUGCGAACGGUCGCUUUUUGGAGCUGUUUCCAAGCCCAGCAUCCUAAAGCUGUAACAGCAGCAGGAGCAGUAGGUGGUCCGAGGGCUGACGGUUCCAGACUACCCAUUGUCCGGCUAAAAAAGGCGAGCGUCGCGCGAGUCAGCUUUCCACCGACAGGCCUCACCCACCCGUUAGUCGGUUCUCUCGCUCCAGACGCAGUCGAGGAUGGCGCCGCGACGACAGCAACAGCAACAACGCGCCCACAGUCCAUCUUGCUGCAGGACUGCUGUAGUCAACCUCCUUUCAACCGUCGGGCUACUCUUCGCUGCAGUGUCCUCAGCGACGAGCGAGGUGACCCCUUCUAUCGUGCGGUCCGGGUUCUACAUCCGGUCGGGUCACUGCGUCGGACAGGCGCUAGCCGAGGAACAUCAGCUGCGGACUCUCGGGGCCGCAGCAUCCUCCACUGCGCCAACCUGUGCGAUGGGGUCACUUGGUGCCAGUCCUUUGACUUUGACCGACGCUCACUGUUUUGCCACCUGGCUGAAUCCAAGGCGGCCAUCAACUGCAGUAAUAUGGUGACUUCGCAACUUCUGCACUUUGAAAGACAUCAAAUGCCGGUAACGGUUUCCUGUGAAAACAACGGGACUCUGUGGGACAACCAAUGCAUCUGCGUGUCCGGUUUCGCAGGAGACCGCUGCCAGUUCAUCGGAACAUUUCACGAUUGCCAGGACGUGUACAACGUGGGGCUGCUGAAGUCAGACGGUUACUACUCGGUGCAGCCAGUGGCGACGUCCUCACCGUUCCUGGUGAACUGCAGGUCACGUGUCAACGUGCGCACCAUGCUCAUGGUGCACAGCACCGGCACCUUUAGUCUCAACCGCACGUGGGAGGAGUACCGCCAGGGCUUCGGCAACCUCAGCACCGACCACUGGCUAGGGCUGGACUACAUUCACUUGCUGACAACUGGGCGUACAUACGACUUGCGUAUUCAGCUGAACUGGAAUGCAGCAAACGCGACCUACGCGUACUACGAGAACUUCAAGGUUGCGAGCGAGAAGGACUUGUACAGGCUGACCUUCGACAAGAUGACGCAGCCCUCGACGAUGGAGGACUGCCUGGCGCCCCUGAGCGGCGCCAACUUCAGCACCUACGACAACGACCACAACGACAAUGCUAGCCGCAGCGUCAACUGCGCAGCACGUAAUGGUGGCGGGUGGUGGUACCGGGGGGACAACUGUGCCACCUGUAACCCGAUGGGGCAACUGCUGCCGCCGUCCUCCGACAGUCAACGGAACCGGACCAACGGCGACGCUGGAUGGCUGCGACGCGACGGAGGGGACAACGGCUCACCCACCGGCGUCCAGAUCUACCUCGUCAGGAAAUAAACUCGUAGUAGCCGCCAUGACCUCCUUCUGUCUCUCCCCCUCCCUCCCUCACACAGACACACCCUCCACGUCCACUCUUGUCCACGCAUGUCCCGAUGUUCACGUCCACCCACGGCUUGCAGACUUCAAUCAAGCUUGUAAAGCUCUUCAGACCAGACAAGGUUACAACACUCUCCUGUGUACAGCUCGCGCCCGACUUGGGUAAGAUAGACUUAUGAUUGCCAGUAACCAUGCAACCAUGGCGGACAGUCGUGUUAUAAUACACAGGAUAGGUUAUCGGCUUGACAGGACUGUAAGAGGGUUACAGCCUCGAGAUGAAUUAUCACAGUCGUUAUCCAAACUCUAAAAUGGCGAAGUACUGACACACUGUUCCACAAGAUAUCUGUGUGUGCGUGUGUGUGUGUUUCUAGAUAUUCAUCUACCUGUCAAAAAAACUGACAGGGUGUUGCGAGGCCCUAUAGCGAAGGAAAGUUUGGACCUAAAGGUGGUAGCCAGCAGCCAUGGCGCCCACGCAAUUCUCUGUGGUUAGUGCCAGACCAAACAUCAGCAGAUGUCGAAUUCUAAUCUUCAAAGAUUUAUGACUUGGCAAGCAAGUGAAGCAAUAAAAGCUUGCCUGCAGAAGGCCACAAACUGACCCCAAGUCUAGUAAACCACGGUUCUGUCGCACAGAGCAAAGAGUUGACUCCGGCACUCCUCAAGCACCAGCCCCACCUGUGCGGAAAUUUCUGUCUCUCUUCGUUCAAACCACCAAGGCGGCUGGGCAAUGGCCAAGAGCAAUCCUCCAAUUUUAUUUUGUCCAGCUGUUUAUUGUCAAGUGUGUUCUAUAAGGUUACUAACAUGCUGUCAACGUAGGAGUUGCGACUUCCUUACCAACUCCUCUUAGAGUUUGUGUCGGAUUUGUUGUUUUUGUUGUCGACUUCCCGGAAUCUGCGGACAGAUGGACAUAUUGUGAUCACCUGCUGCUUACAACUUUCUAGGACACCGCUCAAGACCUUCACCGCACAAUCCAUCCUAAGAGACAAUGGAAACCCAACAAUGUAAAUGGUAUUCACUGCCUCAGUGGAUCCCCUUCAGAAACUGAGUGGAGAGUCGUCAUAGCAACAGUAGUGAAGAGAGUAGUUACCUGUACACAGGUGGUGGUGGUGGUGGUGGUUAAAAUGUGAUCAUGAAUAUUUCAAACAGAGCAUUCCAUUACGAAAAAUCUGCUUUUUGAUGUCUUUCUCCAUUCACUUGUUGCUAGCUGAACAUUUUUUAUCACAGAAAACUUUGAAAUCCUAUCAGUGAUCCUGAAACUUUGAUUCCUUUCAUUAUUCAGUAUUAAAAUAUUAAUCACAACUGGUUCGUGUCAGCGCAAAAUUGCUAAAAACUAGAGUUGGUCAUCCUGGGUUUGAUUAAAGUAGCAGUGAGAAGUAUAGAAGUAUAAUUCGGAUGGGUUACUCGAUCUCUUGUAAACAAGCGUUGUUUACCAGAGAUCGACUAUAGGAAUUAGGAAGGCGCGCGCGCACGCACACAUGUACACGCGCCUUCGCUCGCUUAUCUCAAGUAGGAUGUAUUUUUGCUUCGUCUACCUUCAGAACUAACCAUAUGCAAAUAGUAUGUGUUAUCACUUUGUCCACAUCACCUCUCUCUCUCUCUCACACACACACACACACACAAACACACACACAUCCGCGCACGCACACACAUACCAAUUCAUCUAUAACCAUGAUUUCGCCCACAUCGAUUCAGCCACAAAUACGCCUGCAGCCUCGCUGCUGUUAAUGGAAAAUGUGUGUUUGAUGGCAAAGACCGGGGGAAGAGGGUGGGGAUAGCAUGGUCACUAGUCACUAGCUGCACAAACACACAAAUAAAUCCUCCAUCUUUGUCAGGAGUCAAAACAAGUUCUUACACUGUGUACCUCUGGAGGACCCGAGGCUCACAGUAGGCAGUCAAAGUCAACUGAUGGAUAAGUACACGAAAAGGCAAUAACUUCACCUCCCUCCUCCAUUUAAUUGCCCUUGGUUUUCUUCCGUGAUUAUUAUUACUUUAUUUUUUUUAUUUAUUUAUUAUUUAUUUUUUGCCUUUUAUGUCUAUCCAAGCGUGUGUGUGGUUCCACAAGUCUACAGGAAGUGACUAGUUUAACACUUGAGUAGCCUCCCGUUUGUCUACAGAUCGGAGCACCACGGGCCGCGGAGUAACUAAUGCAUUUCUGCGGUUUAUAAAACCCGGCUACAUUAUUGUAGUUCUUGCAACAGAAGUUAGAAUACUGUAGGUCUUAAUUAAUGACCUUGUACCCGUCAUUCGCUCUCUUCGCUGGCUGCCAGUCGCGGAUUGUAUAGGGUAUAGGGUAUAGUCUAUAAACUUUCCACUUUGACUUAUUACCCCGCUUCUGGCACUGGUCCUCGGUACCUCUUGGAACUCACUCCGAUCUGUACCCCGGCAGGACUUCUUCAUUCAUCUACUAACAUCAAACCUUUUGUUGAGUCCCACUAAGAAAACGAAGAAUGAACAGAGGUCUUUCUCCUACCAAGCCCCAUCAACUUGGAAUAUAUUACCCAUCAGUCUUCAUCACUCUGAUUCUCUUACCACCUUUAGGUCCAAACCUAAGACACAUCUUUUCACAACAGCAACACUACUGCGACCCUGUCCUAACUAUGAGCAAGUCUAUUGUAUGUUGGUAUUUACUUUGAGUAAGAUCGGGUAUUUCUGUUGUACAAGUGAGCUUGUCUGUUAUAUGUGAAUAGGGGUACAUGAUUGUCGGUGAUAACCUGUCCCUAGAAAUGGUGGGUUCUGGCGCAAAGCAAUAAAAUAAAAGUAAUAUAGAAAACAAGGAAAAAGUUGUAAGAAGCGAAAUGUGAGAAGUGGUAACGAGAGGGACUCUAUCAGUUAUACGAGAAAACAACACAAAAAUGAUCUUUAAGACCUGCCGCAGAGUAAAACGAAGACGGAAUAAGUAAAGAGGAGAACAGCAGUGGGUACCCACAGCAGUGCCCUUAUA